AGGAUCUCAUUCUUUUUUAUGGCUGAAUAAUACUCCAUCGUGUAUGUGUACCACAUUUUCUUUAACCGUUUGUCAUUGAUGGACAUUAGGUUGCAUGCACUGCUAUUUUUAGUGCUCUGUAUAUUUGAAAAAAUGACUCUGGAGUGUACUAACUGACACAUAAAUAAAUGUCAAUGUAUAUUCUCUUUCAGAUUUACCAAAAAUUUAUCUCCUGACAAGAUAAAUCUAAGUACCCUUAAAGGAGAAGGUGAACUGAAGAAUUUGGAGUUAGAUGAAGAAGUGCUCCAGAAUAUGUUGGAUUUGCCGACAUGGCUUGCUAUCAACAAAGUUUUUUGUAAUAAAGCAUCCAUCAGGAUCCCAUGGACAAAACUGAAAACACAUCCCAUCUGUUUGUCCCUGGAUAAAGUAAUAAUGGAAAUGAGUACAUGUGAAGAACCAAGAAGCCCUAAUGGCCCAUCGCCAAUUGCAACUGCUUCAGGACAAAGUGAAUACAGCUUUGCUGAAAAAGUAGUUGAGGGAAUUACUGUUUCUGUAAAUUCUAUAGUCAUCAGAAUUGGAGCAAAAGCCUUCAAUGCUUCAUUUGAACUUUCUCAGCUUCGGAUCUAUAGUGUAAAUGCACACUGGGAACAUGGAGAUUUAAGAUUUACUCGUAUUCAGGAUCCACAGAGAGGAGAGGUUUUGACUUUUAAAGAAAUAAAUUGGCAGAUGAUAAGAAUAGAGGCAGAUGCCACCCAAAGUUCACAUCUUGAAAUUAUGUGUGCUCCUGUUCGAUUAAUAACCAACCAAUCAAAAAUCAGAGUCACACUUAAAAGAAGGUUAAAGGACUGCAAUGUCAUAGCAACGAAGUUAGUUCUAAUAUUGGAUGACUUAUUAUGGGUUUUAACUGAUUCCCAGUUGAAAGCUAUGGUACAAUAUGCAAAGUCUCUUAGUGAAGCAAUAGAAAAAUCAACAGAACAAAGGAAGAGUAUGGCUCCUGAACCUACACAGAGCUCUACAGUAGUCGCAUCUGCCCAGCAAGUGAAGACAACACAAACUUCAAAUGCUCCUGAUGUAAAUGAUGCAAUUGUAAAACUAUUCAAUGACUUUGAUGUUAAAGAAACCUCCCAUCAUUUAGUGAUUUCUCAUCUAGAUCUACACAUAUGUGAUGACAUUCAUGCUAAAGAAAAAGAGUCAAACAGACGUAUUACUGGAGGGGCAAUGCAACUCUCUUUUACACAGCUAACUAUAGAUUAUUAUCCUUAUCAUAAAGCAGGAGAUAGCUGUAAUCAUUGGAUGUAUUUUAGUGAUGCAACCAAAACAAAAAAUGGAUGGGCCAACGAGUUAUUGCAUGAAUUUGAGUGCAACGUUGAAAUGCUUAAACAGGCUGUGAAGGAUCAUAAUGUAGGUUCACCUCCUAAAUCCCCAACACAUGCCUCUCCCCAGCACACACAAACAGAGAAGGACUACCCUCUGAAAGGGACAUGCAGAACACCUUCAGUAUUAUCUCAACAAUCAAAAGCCAAGCUAAUGUCUAGUUCUGUUGUGGUUAGACUUGCAGAUUUCAAUAUAUACCAGGUCUCUACAGCGGAACAAUGUCGUUCUUCCCCCAAAAGCAUGAUUUGCUGCAAUAAAAAAUCCCUAUAUCUUCCACAAGAAAUGUCAGCUGUCUAUAUAGAAUUCACAGAAUAUUACUAUCCAGAUGGAAAGGAUUUUCCAAUUCCAUCUCCCAACCUCUAUAGCCAGCUGAAUGCACUACAGUUUACUGUGGAUGAAAGAAGCAUUCUAUGGUUAAAUCAAUUUCUGUUGGAUUUAAAACAGAGUCUUAAUCAGUUCAUGGCUGUGUACAAGUUGAAUGACAACUCAAAAUCUGACGAGCAUGUUGAUGUUCGAGUUGAUGGCUUAAUGUUAAAGUUUGUCAUUCCUUCUGAAAUGAAAUCUGAAUGUCAUCAAGAUCAGCCACAUGCAAUUUCUAUUCAGAGUUCUGAAAUGAUUGCCACAAAUACCAGGCACUGUCCAAACUGUCGACAUUCUGACCUAGAAGCUUUGUUUCAAGACUUUAAAGAUUGUGAUUUUUUUAGUAAAACAUACACCAGCUUCCCCAAAUCUUGUGACAAUUUUAAUCUUCUACAUCCAAUUUUCCAGAGGCAUGCUCAUGAACAAGAUACGAAAAUGCAUGAAAUUUAUAAAGGAAAUAUUACUCCCCAAUUGAAUAAAAACACUCUUAAAACUUCUGCUGCCAUGGAUGUUUGGGCUGUGUACUUUUCUCAAUUUUGGAUAGAUUAUGAAGGGAUGAAAAGUGGAAAAGGACGGCCAAUAAGUUUUGUAGACUCAUUCCCUCUUUCCAUUUGGAUUUGUCAACCAACAAGAUAUGCAGAGUCACAAAAAGAGCCGCAGAGUUGUAAUCAAGUAUCUCUAAACACAUCACAAAGUGAAUCUAGUGAUCUGGCUGGCCGAUUGAAGCGGAAGAAACUGUUGAAGGAGUAUUAUAGUACAGAGUCUGAGCCCUUGGCAAAUGGUGGUCAGAAGCCUUCUUCAUCAGAUACAUUUUUUAGAUUUUCCUCUUCCUCGUCAGAAGCAGAUAUUCAUGUCCUAGUUCAUGUUCAUAAACAUGUCAGUAUGCAGAUUAAUCACUACCAGUAUCUGCUCCUGCUUUUGCUGCAUGAGUCACUUAUUCUUCUUUCAGAGAACUUAAGGAAAGAUGUAGAAGCUGUAACUGGCAGUCCUGCUAGUCAGACAUCCAUUUGUAUUGGAAUUUUACUUAGAAGUGCAGAACUGGCUCUUUUGCUCCAUCCAGUGGAUCAAGCAAAUACUCUUAAGUCUCCUGUUUCUGAAAGUGUGAGCCCAGUGGUACCUGAUUAUUUGCCUACAGAAAAUGGGGAUUUUUUGUCUUCAAAAAGAAAACAAAUUAGUAGGGAUAUAAAUAGAAUUAGAAGUGUAACUGUUAAUCAUAUGUCGGACAACAGAUCUAUGAGUGUUGACCUUAGCCAUGUCCCUUUAAAAGAUCCUUUGCUUUUUAAAUCAGCUAGUGAUACAAAUCUGCAAAAAGGCAUUUCUUUUAUGGACUAUUUAUCAGAUAAACAUUUAGGGAAAAUAAGUGAAGAUGAAAGUAGUGGACUUGUUUACAAAAGUGGCUCAGGAGAAAUUGGAUCAGAAACAAGUGACAAAAAGGAUUCAUUUUAUACAGAUUCAAGUAGUAUCUUAAACUACAGAGAAGAUUCAAAUGUGCUAUCAUUUGAUAGUGAUGGUAAUCAAAACAUACUUUCAAGCAGUUUAACUAGUAAAGAAAAUGAAACCAUAGAGUCCAUCUUUAAAGCCGAAGAUUUGCUUCCGGAAGCAGCUUCACUCUCUGAAAACCUGGAUAUCAGUAAAGAAGAGACCCCCACAGUUAGAACACUUAAAUCACAGUCAUCUUUAAGUGGAAAGCCUAAGGAACGUUGCCCACCCAACCUGGCUCCUCUCUGUGUUUCUUAUAAGAAUAUGAAAAGAAGCUCUUCACAAAUGUCAUUGGAUACCAUUUCACUUGACAGCAUGAUAUUGGAAGAACAGUUGUUAGAAAGUGAUGGAAGUGACAGCCAUAUGUUUUUGGAAAAAGGAAAUAAAAAGAACUCAACUACAAAUUACAGGGGCACAGCAGAAAGUGUGAAUACUGGUGCAAACCUACAAAAUUAUGGUGAAACUUCUCCAGAUGCCAUCAGUACAAAUUCAGAGGGUGUUCAGGAAAAUCAUGAUGACCUGAUGUCCGUUGUGGUAUUUAAAAUUACUGGUGUUAAUGGGGAAAUUGACAUCCGAGGGGAAGAUACAGAAAUCUGUCUUCAAGUGAACCAGGUGACACCAGACCAGUUAGGCAAUAUCAGCCUUCGGCAUUACCUUUGUAAUCGUCCAGUUGGUUCCGAUCAGAAAGCUGUAAUUCAUUCCAAAUCCUCUCCUGAGAUUUCUCUGAGGUUUGAAAGUGGUCCUGGUGCUGUAAUACACUCUUUACUUGCAGAAAAAAAUGGAUUUCUGCAGUGCCACAUAGAAAACUUCAGCACUGAGUUUCUUACAUCUUCUCUUAUGAAUAUUCAACAUUUUUUGGAAGAUGAAACUGUUGCAACAGUAAUGCCAAUGAAGAUACAAGUUUCUAACACAAAAAUAAAUUUAAAAGAUGAUAGUCCCCGGAGUAGUACAAUAUCCCUUGAACCAGCUCCUGUAACUGUACAUAUUGAUCAUCUUGUGGUAGAGAGAAGUGACGAUGGCUCUUUUCAUAUCAGAGAUUCUCACAUGCUUAACACUGGAAAUGAUUUGAAAGAAAAUGUCAAAAGUGAUUCAGUGCUGCUGACCAGUGGAAAGUAUGAUCUGAAGAAACAACGCAGUGUCACUCAAGCCACUCAGACAAGCCCAGAGGUUCCUUGGCCUUCUCAGUCAGCUAACUUUCCUGAGUUCUCCUUUGACUUCACUAGGGAACAGCUCAUGGAAGAGAAUGAAUCUCUUAAACAGGAACUGGCUAAAGCUAAAAUGGCUCUUGCAGAGGCUCACUUGGAAAAAGAUGCUCUUCUUCAUCAUAUAAAGAAGAUGACAGUUGAAUAGCAGGAGUGGCAGUCAAAACUGAAAUUAGAGCUCUGGAGUAGCAAGGUUAUAUUUAUAAUGUGGAUGUUACCAGUUAGGGGAAGAGUUUUAUUUUCAUGAAAAGACAAUAAAGCAAAAUGGAAUGUGAUGAAGUGAUGACUAUUUCAAAGCCAGUUUAGAAAGUAUUAGGUACGGGCAUUACAAUCUUUUGGUUGUUUUGUGUUUUGGGGCUUAGCCCUCUUUUAAACUGUUGUGAUCUAGGGAAGUCAACACAUAGUGUAAAAUAAUUACAUGUCUAUUGAAAAGAAGAUGUCAUUUCCUAAUUUUGAUAUCUCAUUGUAGGCAUUUUUUUUAAAUGAAAAAGGAAAACCUCUUGUGUUCACACAGAUUGCUGAAUUGGUUUCUCAAUAUUUGUUAAUAAUUUACUAUUAUUUACAAAGAUUCAAAUGCUUUUAUGACUAAUGUAAAAUGAAAAGAGGCUUACAUUUUAAAUGUUAUUAAAAUUAUGUACUUAUAUCUAUAAUUUAAUUACUGUAAAAAGUCCAAUCAGAUUAAUAAAUUAUAUAAUCAAUAGGUUUGGAAAAUCAUCAGCCUACUGAACUUA